GAGAGACGCUUCUUUCUCAAGUCGAUUAUCAUCGUUAUUCUACACGUUUUUAUAGGAGCUGUUGCUGUUGUCUGCUACGGUCGCUACGUCGUACGCCCGCUUCUGUGCGUUCAAAAUUCAAAUUUCCAUUGUCCAGCCAUGACGUAGAUCUCGGAUGGAUGGAUGGAUGGAUGGAUAGUGGCUGUUCCCUUUGUCUUGUAUCUUUGUCUUGCAAAUGAGUUUGAGCCUUCGUGUUUGUGUUUGUUUACGUGUUCUUGCCCAUCGCUCAGCUCAGGCUUGCAUAUCAUGGAAUUUAUCUUGCAAAUGUCUUGCAUCGGGCGGUAGCAUACGCCACCUAGCGGAUCGUGCGGACGAGCCGGAGCGACCGGAAGCGCCAACAGCAGCGACAUUCCUGGAACCGACCCACCUACAAACCUACAAACCGCUUCAACCUUCAUCACUUCAUCACCUUCAUAGACUCUGUUUCUGUUUUUUUUUUUUUUUCCUUUUUCUUUUGCCUGUGGUGCCCUCACGUCACCUGCCCUAACUCAAAAGGGAUUAGGCAAGCCUAAACCUAAACCGGGCUCCUCAUAGGUGUUAUCGUGUUAUUUUCGUUGUCGCCCUCCUCCUGUACUAAGGUACCGAAGCAGCUUCCGAGAAGGUUCUUACGGGAAACCAAAUAAAUACAGGAGAAGGAUGUUAUGGCUAAGAUCUUUGAUAGGAUUUUGCCGUUGCUGUCAAAGUAUGGCUAUGUAAUUUCACAGAAAAAUGUCUUGUGCGGCCCGUGUGGUCGUCUUCUAUUAGACAACAUCCAAGAUGAAUGGAACAAAAGCUUUCUGCUGUCCCCAGAAGUAUUUCCUUUCCAACACAACGGAAUUUCCAACAUGGACAACCUGGUUAAAGUAACGGAAGAAAAUCUAGAAGGUGGGGCUCAUCUUUGGGAUGUGUUUCUAGCAGCGAGAGAGAUACAGGUUCCCAAUUGCGUAGUUGUGCAAGAUAUGAGUGCAGCAGUGAAACACAUGAUCGACACAACGUCACCAUUUGGCUUCAUAAGUUGGGCACAGCACCGGUCGAGCACACCAGGAACAAAAUCUUGCGAUGCAGAAUCUCAACUAUUUGCAUCUCUAGCGUACCCAAUGUACUGGACUAGUCUGCAAUUUGCAUACUGCGUACCAUCCUCCAAACUCUUGUACUGGUUCAACGAUUGGCAAAGGCGACGUCUUCUUUGGUGGAAAAGGCUUUCCAGCAAGCCCUCUGCUUUCUCCGUGACCAAGGCUGACCAAGCCAGUAUCUCCAUCCAGUAUGAGUUUCCAUGGGGCAACAAUGCCGUAGAGCACAUUAGAACAUUUGAAUGGAGAGGGUCACAAAGUUGGAUUGUCUGCAACACUAGCAUCAACAUAGGAGCUGCACUCUUCCUGUGGGAUGCCCUCCGCAGUGACAACGGCAGGCUGGUGCUGGCAUUCCAUCCCAAGUUGACCCCAUACAAAGCAACAGUGACUACAACAUCAGCAUCGCUGCGGCCAUUGGCCCAACUUGUGAAUAUUGAACUUCGUAAGGGCAGGGUGAUGACAUACGUAAAUCCUUUUCCCGAUUUCCCAUUGGAUGUGCAGAUAACUCAGUUUGACGAAAUGGGCAUCUACUAUACUAUCAUUCUGAAUGAGACAACGCACAAGACGGGAGUUGCGUGUAUUCGUCACAGGGACACUGCCAUCAAGGAACAAGUUCACGUAACAGAUGUCGGAAAAAAGCUCUCCCUAUAUCUUCCAUCGUAACCAACUUUCUGCCCUGUAUUGACUAAUAAAGAGCAACGUGAUUCACA